CUACUUGAAGGGCUAAUUUCCCCAACUCUAAGAAUUUGUUGUAAAGAAGAAGAGGAAAAAAAAUAUUGUUACUAUUUUGCUCCCGAUGGUUGUACCAUGUCGAGGCGCAAGCAAGCCAAGCCACAACACAUCAACUCCGAGGAGCCCGGUUCGGCGGAAAAUGGCCUUCUUCGGGAUGAUCCAAUGGAGGAGGACGGGAUCGAGGCGAAGCGGAGCCGCACGGAGGAGCCUCACGUUUGCGAUGGGUGCUGUGCAGAGUUCUUUGAUCCCUCGGAGUUCCUGGAGCACCAGAGGAGCUGCACCAAGAGCCAGCAGGUGGUCAUCAUGAAGGAGGGCGAUGGAGGGAUGGUGCCAUGUGACCUCUCGCAAGACUCCCCCAAUGGUUUCCUAGGUGACCGCGGUGAAAGUCAGCCUGGCAGCGACCCACAGUUGCAAGGCGGUGCAGGUUUUAUGGAGAGGAUGGAGGAAGAGGGGGAUGAGCCGCAACCAAGCACCAGUGAUCCACCGAAAUUGGUGGAUGCGGAGGCGGAGAUGGCACUGAGCUCUGCCAGCCCAGAUGGGAUCUACUCGUCUGCUACCAAAGUGCAAGACACAAACGUAACUCUGGAGUCCAUGCCUGCUACCAGAGUGGCGGUGACACAGCACUCGUCCAGCCGGACGAAGUCCCCACCCUCCUCUCUGGCUUCCUCUUCCUCCUCGCACGCCAACCUGCACGCCAUCCCCAUGAUCCUGGAGCAGCUGGUCAGCCUGCAGCAGCAGCAGUUGCAGCAGAUCCAGCUGACGGAGCAGAUCCGGAUCCAGGUGGCCAUGAUGGCGCCCCAGAGCCUUCACUCUGCUCUGGGGGCUGCCGUAGACCCACUCAAAGCCCUGGGGGCACACCUCUCUCAGCAGCUUUCAGCUGCUGCUGCCCUCAUUGGGAAGAGGACAGGGUCGCAGAGCCUGUCUUUGGAAGCUCUAAAGCAAGCGGGCCACUUGCCGCACUGCAGCGCUGGUCUGGUUCCGCUCCCAGGAGGCGUGCAGGCUGGACCCGCUCCCCCAAAAUUGGAUUUGCCGAAAGGCCUCCCCGACCUUGCCAGCCGGCUACCUGCUUUGCUUCCCCAGUCCCCCGGGGCGAUGUCUUUCCCGAACCCAUUUGCUGGCAUGGCGGCUGCUCUGGACUCCUCCAAAAAGUUGAAAGCCAAACUGCCUGGCGCAGCUGUGGAUCCCAAGGUCACUUCUGGAGAAUCCCAGUUCAAGCACAAGUGCAAGUUCUGUGGCAAGACUUUUGGGAAUGACAGCGCCCUACAGAUUCACCUGCGUUCACACACCGGUGAGAGGCCCUUCAAGUGCAACAUCUGUGGGAACCGCUUUACCACCAAGGGUAACCUGAAGGUGCAUUUCCAGAGGCACAAGGAGAAGUACCCACACAUACGGAUGAACCCCCACCCUGUCCCGGAGCACCUGGAUAACAUCCCCACCAGCAGCGGCAUCCCAUACGGCAUGUCCAUGCCUAUUGAAGAAUCAAAUUUUGUUGACAACAAGCCACUAUCGGGGCUUCCCUCGGCUGGUUUCCACCCCUCUGUGCUGCAGGGCCUCAAGCCCUCAUUUGAUGGUCCACUUGGGGGUGAUGUGUACUCUCAAAGGCCUCCCUCUUCUGGAAGCGAUGGGGCCUCAAUCUCCUCUGGCAUGUUCAACCAGGAGAUGGGAGCCGACCAAUCCCAGGAGCCCCCGGAAGGUCUGGCUGCUCUCCACCACCAUGUGAAUGGCAAUGGGCUGCUCGCGGACCAUGGCUCGGGCACAGCCAAGCUGCAGCAGAUGGUGGACUGCCUAGAGAAGAAGACUGGUGACCCCAACGAGUGCGUCAUCUGCCAUCGGAUCCUGAGCUGCCAGAGCUCACUCAAGAUGCACUACCGUACACACACGGGUGAGCGACCCUAUAAGUGCAAAAUCUGUGGCCGAGCAUUCUCCACAAAGGGAAACCUGAAGGCCCACUAUGGUGUUCAUCGGGCCAACACUCCACUCAAGAUGCAGCACUCCUGCCCCAUCUGCCAGAAGAAGUUCACCAACGCGGUGGUGCUACAGCAGCACAUCCGUAUGCACAUGGGUGGCCAGAUCCCCAACACUCCUCUCCCUGAGAGUCCCUUUGAGGGCCAGGAAGCCAUGGACCCCACCCCCACCCCACCUGAAGAGGAGAAGGCCCUGGACAUGAGCAGCUUCCAUGACGAGAGCUUGGAGGAGCCAGAGCCUGAGAUGAACCCCAGGGAGAGGCCCUAUGGGUUCUCUGAGCCCCUGCCCCUGCUGCCUCCACCAAACUCUAAGGAAGAGCUGCUGCAGCCUCCUAACACCCCUUCCAUGUUUUCAGGCAUUGCUGCUUUGGAAAACCACAUGAAGAACCUUGCUUCAGCCCUAAACCUGCAGCGGCAGGCCAGCACUGAUGGCAGCGAUGGGGUCACCAAAGAUCCAAUCUCUUCCCUGCCUGGGGACCAGGAGUACCAGAAUGGCAGGAGCCCUGCUGUCUCUGAUUCGGUCUCCUUCCAGUCCUCCUCACCAAUCGACAGCCAGCUAGGGAGCAAUCAGUCUAAGUCCCCUGAUCCCUCUGUCCCGGACGACUGCAGCAGGGUGGCAUCCCGACCAGACUCCGACAGCGGACCUCAUGAGCUGGAAUCCAAUGAUGCUCUGGAUCUGACAUCUGCCAGCUUCACCCCCAAGCCUAUCAAGGAGGAGCCUGGCCUGUCCUUUUCCAAUGGUGAUUAUGGCUCAAACCACAUGCCUUACAUGCGGGUCCCUCCAAGCCUGGUUAAGUUGGAGAUGCAGACUCCACCAGAGAACCCCAUGGGUGCACAUGGCCUGUUUGGGCAUCCUAUGUCCCUGGGAGGGGGAGUACAGCCACCCUCCACCUCUGCUUCCCGCCGUUCUGCCAAGCAGCACCUCUGCAACGCGUGCGGGAAGAACUUCUCUUCCGCUAGUGCCCUGCAGAUCCAUGAGCGCACGCACACUGGAGAGAAGCCCUUUGCUUGUACAAUUUGUGGUAGAGCUUUCACUACCAAGGGCAACCUCAAGGUGCAUGUUGGAACUCACAUGUGGAAUAACUCGGCAAGGCGGGGUCAGAGGCUGUCUUUAGACAACCCCAUGGCAAUGAUGGCGCUGGGGCCAGAGUCCAAGAUGGUGCCUGACAUGAUGCCGUCCCAUAAAGACCUGGUCCCGCCACCAAUGAACUUUGACCCCACCAUGUGGAACCAGUACGCAGCCGCGUUCACAAAUGGCCUGACCAUGAAGACCAAUGAGAUCUCGGUCAUCCAGAAUGGGGGCAUUCCCAUGCCCGGGAGCCUGGCCGGUGGUCCCCUUGUAGGCUCGACCGGAGGUUUGGUGAAAGUGGACGGGUCCCAGUCUGGCCUUCCCGCCUCGAUGGCGGAAAUGGAAAAGAAUGGCGGGGAGAGCGUGCCAAAAUCCCAGUUUCCCCAUUUUAUGGAAGAGGGCAAAAUCGCCGUUAAUUAAUUUUGGCCAGGGAGGGAGUGGGACGAGGUGUUUCGCCCUCCAUUUCUCUUGGUUCUUUUUACAGAUGUGACACUCAUAUUUUUCCUACUGAAAUGUAUAGAUUAUGGCUUUUAAGGUAGCUAUUUUUUCUAUUUAACACUUGCUCACAAAUGAGUACAAUCACUUUUGCGCUUUGCAACAAUUUUGAAAAAGGAGGUCUCUUGGUGAACAAAAAUGAGAAGGUCCUGCAAAGCGAGCUCUAGCUUUCCCAGUAACUUGAAACAUGCAGCUCCCUCCUUCGUACAGUUUGAACGGUUUACCUCAUGCUAGCGUUUUAUUUUAGUAGAACUUGAAUUUAACUACUGUAGAGGUCUCAAUUGGUUGUAUUUGCUGUUUGUAUGUUUAAGAUAUGCGGGUAACUUUUUGUAAGGCUGUCAUCUUUUUAGUCUCUUCUCCCUCCAGAAGUUGAAUGUAUUCAUCUUACUUGAAAUGGCUUUAAUCCAAAUGGGUAUAUCUGAUGUCAAGAAUGGAUGUCCUGACAAAAGGUAAUGCCAGUUUAAUGUUUCAGGAAAUAUAAAAGUUGUCCUAACAUUUAAUUGUGCCCAGCCCAUUGUCAUCUGGUUCCAUCUCCAAAUUAAUGUAGAACACUUGAGUGCCUGUCGCAUACCAUCAACUUUAUGGACAUUGAUUGCCCCCUUCCUUACUUGGGGGAAAUGCUUCAGGUGUUCCGCACAGUAUGUACCACUUGUGUUCAAACCAGUUGGCUUUAGAAGACUCUUGUAGUGGAAGUUCUCUUCCAUGAAUGUGGACUAUUGCUGCAAACUCUUGAAAUUAAGUUAUUUUAAGGAUGUUGACAAAGUAGAAUUUAGAUUUCUUUUUCUUUUUCCCCAGCUUUCAAAACCAAAAAAUUAUUUUUGCCAAGUGCCUGGCUAACCUCUCAAACUUGUAUAUAUUUUUCUUUUAAGCACCAAAAGAUUGUAAUGAAGGUCUUUAUACCAUGUCUGUGUGUUUCUAUCAUUCAAUUUCUGUGGAAAUGGUUUGCCCUCCUCAAUUUCCUGGAAUCAGUUUGAGUGUUUGCUCCAUUUUCUUAGCUUUUCUGUGCCAACAUACCAUUUGAAGCCUUUAGAGAGCUGUGUCUUGAAGGCUAUUAAAACACUGAACACUGUUGCUCUUGGCUGCACUUUAAUGAAUCCCCCACCCACUUUUCAUGAUGCUUGAUCCACCUUUCACCUCUACUCUGCAGUUAUGGCUUGUAUUUGCUGUGUAGUUGCCUCUUAAAUAUUAAGAAUUAUUACAGCGCAUAACUGAUCAGGUUGGCUUCUUUGGUUUAUUUUAUUUUAUUUUUUUCCCCCCCACUUGUAGGACUGGUGGGGGUACUUCAGGUCCUGUUUUUAAAUCACUCCCUUAUACCACCUAACAAUCUUGUGAUAUCAAAUCCUGUCCUGUGAAUUUGGUUUUCCUGUAAAUACACCCAGCAUCCCCUAGCUCGGGGUGGGUGUUUGGUUGGGGGCUGUGGGGGUGCCAAUUGUUAUUUUUCUACCUCAUCUUUAAGCUACUCCCAGUUAUGUACCUGAUCUAAAUGUAAUUUGUUGUACUCAUUUUUCCACAACCUGCUGAGUUUUUAUUUUUUAUUGAAUGUAUUGUUGGACACUGCACGUCUUGCUCAGAACAGAUUUUGACUGUCCUGGUAAUCACUCUUCCUGAUGUAUGCAUUUUGCCAAGUUGUGCCUUUUUUAAAAUGUAAAGAAUCUGCAUCUGAACUGGGUUGGGUGAGGGGGGGCUUGGGAUCUACAAUACAAGAAUUAUGGAGCCUCUGUUACUUUGUUGCCUUUUUUUUUUUUUCUGGCAUGUUUACAGUGUAUACUUAAUCUUGUUUUGCAACUCUUUCCUCCUUAUUCAAGCAUCUUAAUGCAUAAUGUUACUUUCUGGUCUUUUGAAAAUAAAAUCAGGGUGACUUUUCCAAA